CAUUCUUCAAUAUAUAAAGUGUGUGCGGUGCGUUGCCUCAACGCUGAAAUUCAGUAGAAGAAGAAGACUAGAGGCGCUUGAGCAGAGCCCAAAAGCUUGAGACUUUCUCCCCCACAGCUCCGAUCAAACCCCAGAAAUCUCAAGAUGUCGUGGCAAACUUACGUCGAUGACCACCUGAUGUGCGAAAUCGAAGGCAACCACCUCUCCGCCGCCGCCAUCAUCGGCCAAGACGGCAGCGUUUGGGCCCAGAGCGCCACCUUCCCUCAGUUGAAGCCUGAAGAAGUUACUGGCAUUGUGAAUGACUUUAAUGAACCUGGAACACUUGCUCCAACUGGGUUGUAUCUUGGAGGCACUAAGUACAUGGUGAUCCAAGGAGAGCCUGGAGCUGUCAUUAGAGGGAAGAAGGGCCCUGGAGGUGUUACUGUGAAGAAGACUACUCUGGCAUUGCUCAUUGGGAUCUAUGAUGAGCCAAUGACUCCCGGACAAUGCAACAUGAUUGUGGAGAGGCUUGGCGAUUAUCUGGUUGAGCAGGGUCUCUAGACACCUUGGUAUGUCUUGAUUGUUUGGUGUGGUUGCAGUGAAAGCAAAACUACAUGUACUAGUUGUGGUGGUGAGUGGAAACACAUUUGGUGCUUGAGAAAUGAUGAUUAUGGUCUUUGUCUUAUUAUCUGUGUACUACUUUGAUGGAUGGUAUUGUAAGAUUUUAAAGUCUUGUUACCACUGGAUUUCAGCAGAUGGAUGUGGCAAAUUGUUUUGCAUAAAUUUAUAAAUACUUUUACUUCA